AUGAGCUGGCAGUCUUACGUCGACGACCACCUUAUCGGGACCGGUCACGUGGUCCAGGGAGCAAUCUGCGGCGUCGACGGCGCCAUCUGGGCCGCCUCCGCCGGGUUCAACGUGUCCCCCGAGGAGGUGCAGAAGAUCGUCGCUGGCUUUGAGGAUCCCUCCGGGCUUCAGGCGGGCGGCAUCUACCUCUGCGGCGAGAAGCACAUGUUCAUCCGCUCGGACGAUCGCUUCGUGGCGGGCAAGAAGGAUAGCAACGGGAUCUUUGCGUGGAAGGCGAACACGUGCGUGGUGAUCGGCACGCACGGCGAGAACAUCCAGGGUAACAACUGCAACACAUGCGUCGGUAACCUCGCCGACUACCUGAUGAACUCCGGUAUGUGA